AUGCUUCAAGCCGAGGUCUUCUCUGCCCACUUGAAGACCAGCUUCACCAACCACUACAACAUCCUCCGCCAGGUUGGUGAAGGCACCUAUGGUCUGGUCUUCGAGGCUGAGACCAUCAAGAUCCUUCCGCCAGGAGGUGUUGCAGGUUCUCAGCCGUCGAAUGGCCGGCGAGUGGCCGUCAAGUGCUUCAAGAUUGCCGAGGCCAACUCGCGCGAUCCAUCUGGCAUGAGUGCCAAGGCCAUGCGCGAAAGCUUCGAGAAGGAGAGAGCUAUUCUCGCAAGGUCAGAGCACCCGCACAUCGUCAAGAUGUACGAGUGCUUCGAGGAGCGUCAUUCGCUUUGGGUGGUGCUUGAGCUUUGCCGUGGUGGGGAGCUCUACGAGUACAUCGCCGCUGCAGCUCAGCAGAGGCGAGCCGAAGGCGGCGCGUUCGAAGAGACAGAAGCAAGGACGUAUUUUCGGCAGAUGUUGUACGCUGUUGCAUUCCUUCACAAGGCAAGGAUAGUGCACCGCGACAUCAAGACUGAAAACUUCUUGCUGCUGGGAAACCCCGGAACUCCAGAAGGAAGUGUCAUCAAGCUCUGUGAUUUCGGCACGGCAGUGCAGCUGAGCCCACAGAUGCCGCGUGCAAUGGGGAGGAUAGGCACCUUGUCCUACACAGCGCCCGAGAUCUACGCCCGUCGGGGUGCAGACACCUGCGCUGACAUUUGGUCGCUUGGUGUGGUCCUUUAUGUGCUCCUGGUGGGGGCCAGUCCCUUCAGGAUCACAGGCACGGAAACUCGAGCAGAAACCUCACAGCGGAUAUUGGCAGGGAAUUACGACAAGCUCCGCACCGGCUGGCAGAAGUGCUCAGAAAAAGCCAAGGACUUUGUCAGCAAGCUUCUGGUUGUGGAGGAAGCCAAGAGGCUGGACAUCCGGAAGGCACUGCAGCACGUGUGGCUUGUGCACUCUGCCGUGAGUACACCAGUCGUGCUGCUGGACGAGCAGAGGAACUUUUCGCCUCUGUUGGACAAGGAGCUGUCGUUGCAGCAUCUCGCCACUUGUGUGCAGCCACUGCUACAGCUCUUGACCUCCUUCGCUCGCCUCGAUCCGCUACAGCACUUGUUCCUCGUGGUCUAUGCACAGGUGUCUCCUGAUAUUGACCUGAUCUCAUCGGGAUUGCGGCUUCCAUGGUACGACUUGUUUUUUGCCCUGGACAUGGACUCCGAUGGACGACUUGGUUUGGAAGAGCUCGCGACUGGGCUCCAAAAGCUGCUGGAGAUGAGCUCCAAGCCCACGUCCUACGAGAUCGACAUCGCCGAGACAGUGCAGCGCUUGGAUUUAGAUGAAAACGGCUACGUGGACUGGGUUGAGUGGGCUGCCAUGGCUUUAGCCAGCAGCCCCACAUUGGCCUCCGAGCCUGAACCCCUGCGAACCGUCUUCAGGAUGCUCGACCGUCCCUCUGGUGACGGUAUCAUCACAGCUGUGGACCUGCUCGCGGUUCUGAACGACAGCGGAGGCUUGACUCCAGCUCAGGCACUUCAAGAGGAGGCCAAAACCUUGGUUCAGAAGUGGUCCUCCAAGGGAUCUCAG